GCGAGCGUGCUCACAGUGUCUGUUACCAGUGCAACCACGCAAUACAAUGCACGUCAUAAUCCUGGCUGCACUCGCAGCUGUGUCAACAGCGAUGCCAUCUUACAUCGCAGUGCCAGCAGACCAAAUCGCAUUCAUCGAUCUAACACAAAUGCGCGCGCGCCGGGUGCCGCGGCAGACGCUAUCACCACCACCGCCGCCACCGCUACCACACCUGUACGAACAGGACUACCAACCAAUACCACUGCAGCAAUUGCAACCGUUGCAGCAACUGCAACCGUUGCCGCAUUAUCAGCAACAGGCUAUAGCAUUGGCGCCAUCCGAAACAGAUUCAACUAGACUACUUCGGGUACAAAAGCAACCACAUGACGUUGUUGGAGCAGCCACUCUAGGGGCUGAUAGUCAUCUUGCUGAGAGGCCUCCAGACUUUGGAGAAUACGUCGAUUUUGGGGCCCACACCGGGGAUCAAGGUGCUUUUGGAUGGUACGCGGACUACCCCAUAAAUAACCAUGACGAUCAUUCGGGUUACAGAAAGUAAUGCGCCAAACUUAGCCAAUACUUAUACUACAAGUUGCACAUGACAAACGCACUUUGCUAUAUUUCUAAGUAAAAAAUUUAGAGUAAGAUUUUCUAAUUAUUACCAAAGACAGUAUUAUUCGAAAAUGAUUUUACUUAUAAUUUAAGUGUCGAGCAGAAUUACCGCACAUUUGUUUAAAACGGUUAAUUCCGCAUAAAACGCAAAUACUCCACUAAAAAGUUCCUCGUUAGUUAUAAGUUUUAAAAGAACACUGUGAUACGCACCAAGGUAGUGAAAUAGUAGUAAAAUUCAUCAAACAUUUCACUGUUUCACUGCUUAUACACUUGUUAUAAUUGUUAUUAAAAUGUUUUUAAUAUCUUUAUACACUUCUGCUUUUUAUAUUUAAGCUACGCCUACUUUCUAUCGCAAUCUAGAAAUUUUAUUACCUUAUCGCUUUCCUUCUUUCUGCUUGUUUCUAAUUUAUAUCUAUAACUUCUCUAUCUGUACUCUAUUACUCUCUUACUUUUUACCAUUACUUGUCUUUUCAAAUAUAUACAUGUUACCUUCAUCUUCGUUUCAUUUCAUAAUAUCAUCUCUAUCAUCAUAGUUUAUUGUAACUAACAAUAUCUAUCACUUUCACUCACUACACUCACUUUAAUUAGUUGUAUCUACCAACUAAAUAUUAUAUCAUAUGAUGUAACUGCACCGGUUGCAUGAAAUUUAUCAUGUCAUUCGCAUUAGCAUUUCUUGCGUUCAUCAUGAAUAUAUUGAAUAUCAUUACGAUCAUUAGUCUUUAGUCUUUACUCAUAAACUCUCACAUAUGUAAUACAUACACGCGUACUACAUAUACACUAUUUUGCAUUAUAUAUCGAUUAUUGUAACUGAUCAUUUAUCAAUUUCUAUUUCAUUCAGCAUAUUUCUUCACCAAGCUUCUAGAGUAUCUAUGCUUAUUCCAUCACUAUAGUGAUAUUUAGUACUAUUAUUCUAGUUUCGAAGUAUAUUUUCCUUACUUUUUAUGUACUUUAUAAAUAUUUACUUUUAAUCUAGCAUUUCACUUCUUUUUUCAUAGUAUCACGUUGUUUCCUGCUUCUAUUAUCUAUCUGCCAUUUCACACUUAUACAACACGAAUAUCUGCCUAGCACCCACAGACUAGUUAGUAAAAAUAGAUAUAAAAUAAAUAUCUUUUAUGCUUUCACUUUGCUUCUAUAAACCUACAACUCUUGAACUUCACGUGCAUUCUUUAUUUUACUACUAUUUCCUCUAUUGUUUAUUUCACUCCUAUUAUUUUAUUCAUUCCUUUCUUUUUCUUGCUAAUCUGACUACUUUUACUAUGGUAAAUUUUCCAUGCAUUUUAAUAAUAUUUAAAUCUAUACUGUUAACAAAAGCCUCACAUCUUACUUGAUGUAUUUUUUAAGUAAUUAAAAAAUAUGUAUUUAAUGUCUACACCGUUUCCUACAUAAUUUUUGAUCUCUUUCCUAAGUUUCUUAGUUAAUAUUAUGAUUUUUUUCUAAUCUCAACUGUAAUAUCAAUAUUCUAUCAUACUUCCUUUCUUCAUUCUACACGCUGCUAUACUAUUUUACUAUGUUUACACAUUUUAGCGCAUCUUUUCUUAUAUCAUUGCCUUCUCUUUACUUCUUAAUACUCUUUAUAGUCUCUUGACCACUACUUCUUAUACUAUAUAUACACUAACUUGCAUUCUUGUCUAUUAUUCAUGCCCUAGAUUUCUAGAUAUUCUCUCCAACGUAAUAUUUAAUUAUACGCUUAUCACACUUUCACCCGUCAUUAUCCUAUUACCUUAUUUUACAUUUUUUAUUAAAUAAUAAUAUUAGUAAUUUAUAUUUCUUUCUUAUCUUCAUUUAACAUUAUCCACAUAAUAAUCUUUCAUACUUUUUUUAUCUUACUCAUCACUUACAUUUUCUUGCUAAAAUCUUUUUUUUAUAUUUUCUAUAUUUAUUUGUUUCUCUUCUCAAACCAUUUACUCUUUUUUCUGUAUUAAAAUCUUUAAUUUUACUUUUUCUAAAGUCAUCUUCUUUUAAGUAACCCAAACUCAUUUACCUUUACAUUCUUCUUCUGUAAAAAUCUAAAGACUGACAUUUUUUAUUUACCUAGUAGUACUAUAGUAUCUGUCUGUUCUUUAUUUACUAGCUUUAGUCUCCAAUAAUUUUCAAUGUCGUUAAAUCAUAAAUGUAGUUUCUGUCCUCUUUAAUCUUUAUCUUCGUCUACUCCAUCUAUACAAUUAUUUUAUAUAUAUCUUUUUCUUCAUGCCAACUACAAACACCAUUCACCUUCGUUUCUCAUUUACUUUUGUAUCACCUCAAACUAGCACCAUCCAUUUCAUCGUGACUACUUACACUACACUUAUUCUAGAUGCAGAAUCACUAAGUAAGACGUUCUAUUCUUUUUUUACACUAUCACUUUCAAAUUCUUACACUUCACAAAACUAGCAUGUCUUUCUUUUUCAUUGUUCUCUUUCUUUUAUCUGUCGCUCCAAACAACAAACUUUUAACUAUCUCUCUCUUGCAAUUAAAUAUUUAGAUACCUAGUAUACAUAAGUAAUCGCUUCAUUCUAUUAUUAAAAAUAUUUCCUAACUUAUCUUCUGUCUCUGUAAUCGUUAGCUCGAAUGUAUCUUUUACUUUUCUAUUCAUAUUUUCAUUAUUCUGUUCUAUCUAUAUUUGCUUUUCUCUUACAUCACACAGCUCACUUCAUUCCUUUUUUUCUAUCACUUCACGCCACUAUUAUUGACAGUUCAUGCUUUAUUAUAGACAUUAUUGCUCAUGCACAUGAUUCCUAAAUCAUUAUAAAAUAUAUAUUAUUAUUUCAUAUAUAAAUUAAUACCUGCUAAAAUUUGUGGCAGACGAUACCAGUAAUUUAUCGAAAUGCUUUGCUUAGUAGCGAUGAUAAAAGCUCCCACUAGCCUAAGUCUUGUUCCCAUAACCUGUGUGUGUCAUGAUAUGUACAUAUAUAACUAUCAGUGUGGGUAAAACUGCAGUAUCAGACGGUUUAACAAAUAUACACAAUUAAGUAAAGUUACAAGUAAACUUUAAAUAUGUUAUACAUAUGUAUUAAGUAAAAGAUCACGCCACAAUAAAACGUGAACACUGAUGUUGUCGCUCAGAAGCAUUAUUUCUUACAAAAGAUAUUAUAAUAUCCUUCAUCUAUUUGUUUUAAAUAUAACGGCUCAUCCUGAUAUUAAUAUUCUUUUCUUUAUUUUCUCUCUCUCUCUCUCUCUCUC